GCCUGCCUUUUAACAUCGAGUGAAGCGGCCCUGACCUCAACUUAACCAUACGUUCGUCCGAUGAAAAGUUCACUGCAUACAAUUCCCUCAAAAAUUUAGUGUUUGUAAAGAACGGUUUCACGAAUUGAGGCUGAUUUUUUUACACAAAAAUAUGGAUUUGAAAAUAAUAAUGAAGGUUUUACUGUCUCGGAGGAAAUGAUCAGAGCACCAUACUUUGUGAAUGAAAUUUUGGGAUGUGAAGUGAUUAGUUUGAAUUUGCGAAAAGUUUGUACUGAGAAAUUUUAUUUUCUAUAAUGUCUUCGAAAACUCGAGGAUUACUUCUUUUGGUGUUCAUCACGUCGUUUGUUUCUUGUCAUUCGACCCCGGCGUCACAUCUUCAUACACAGCAUCAUCACGGUAGUGAAAGGGAAGAAGAUGGUGGUUUUAGCCCUAGAAAUAGUCAUCAUUACGAUGAUGAUGGUGGACAUCAUUCAGAGUUUGAUCACGAGGCAAUAUUAGGAAGUGUAAAAGAUGCAGAAGAAUUUGAUCAAUUAGAACCAGAAGAAGCUAAAAAACGACUAAGAAUUCUCCUACUGAAGAUGGAUUUAAAUAGUGAUGAAUUAAUUGAAAGAAAUGAGUUACACGCAUGGAUUCUGCGGUCAUUCAAGAUGCUGUCAGAAGAAGAAUCUCAAGAUCGAUUUGAAGACGCUGAUGAGAAUGAGGAUGGCAAAGUGACUUGGAAAGAAUAUUUAUCAGAUUCCUAUGGACUCCAGGAUGAAAAUGGUCAAGUAAUAGAAGAAGAUGAAGAUGAGGAGAAUCUUGACGUUAGAUCUGAUAAUAGCAAACUGAUUCAAGAUGAUAAAAUUAUGUUUGAAGCAGCAGAUCGGAACAAGGACGGGGUGCUUGACAACAGUGAAUUUGUUCUUUUCACUCACCCUGAGGAACAUCCUGAAAUGCUACCUUUAGUGUUGCAGCAAACACUAACUGAUAAGGACACGGAUAAAGAUGGAUUCAUUAGUUUCCAAGAAUUUAUUGGUGAUCAAGGUAAGAAGCAUGAUAAAGAGUGGCUCAUUUCUGAGAAAGAAAAAUUUGAUCAUGAAUAUGACAAAGAUGGGGAUGGUCGCUUGAACGGUCCUGAAAUACUGUCCUGGAUUGUGCCCAGCAAUGAUGAAAUCGCUGAAGAGGAAGUGAGUCAUUUGUUUGCUUCCUCGGACGACAAUGAAGAUGGUGUCCUGAGCUUUCAGGAAAUUCUCGACCAUCAUCAGACAUUUGUUGGAAGUGAGGCCACAGACUAUGGUGAUCAUUUGCAUAAUAUUCAUGUCUUCCAGGAUGAAUUGUGAAGACUACUAUUCCCACACAUCUGUUCAUUUAUUUAUUAAAAUUUUAUUUAUCUUCACUGAGCUUCUUAGAUGCUUCCAAAUCUAUAUUGUUUUAGUUUACUCUGUAUAAACCACUUUAUUGAAAUUGUAAUAAUAUAUUUUGCCUUUUUAUUAAUGUUUUUUUAAAAAAAAAUGUGGGAGUCCUCAAUCAUUCACUUAAUUUAUCUCUUCACAUGUGUCAUACUCGAGAUUUUUGUUGAAAAUCUACAAACAUUACUUUGAUACCUUUUAAUUUUUGGCCUACGGCCAUAAAAGUUACUUUGAAACUGUGUCUACAAACCUUCAUUAAUAUUAUUUACUUCAAUAAUACUUGGUGUUAUAUAACAGUAAUUCAUUUCAUUUAUGUAGCCUAUAGUAAAUUACCUCAAAGUGAAUUAGUUACAUACCCUCCCCUCAGAAUUUCAAGGCAUCUAAUGCUUCCUGAAAUGUGUCGAGGAUAGACACAUUUCUGAAAAAUACUCACAUAUAUAGUCUCAUUUCUGAGUAAACGUGUUUCAUGAAUGUGUCAGAUUUUAUAGAUACAUUCAACUGGCUGUAUAAUGUCAUGAAUGAUUCAAUAUAAUUUUGCAAAACAAUGCUCUAUUCUGAACUUAAUACAUGUACUUGAUAUUCAAGGUAUAAAAUUUGAUUUUUAUAUUGUUUUUUUUUUUUUUUUUUUGCCUGAAAUGUUUUAAGCAUUAAUGUUCAGUGAAUUUACCAGUCAGUACCUGUGCUUUCCUGUUAUUUUAUGCAACGGAUUGUAUAAAUACAAGUCUGUAUUCAGUUCCGACAUUUUGACGGACUGAAUAGUUUUGUUAAACAAAUCAUACAUAAAUGAAUUAUGUAAUGUAUUGAUUUUGUAUUUAUUUAAUAGAAACCUUUUUCUGUUUUCUUAGUUUAUUAAAUAACAUUGAAGUUUCAAA